GGGCUGCCGCUGCUUCAGGCGCUGUUCGCCUGGCUUUGCACCGUCGCCGCUCUCCUCUUCGGGGUCGCGGUGGCCUGGCGUUGGCAGCGGGGUCGUCGAAGCCGUCGGCUGCGGCUGAAACAGGUGGGGACGGUGGCUGAUCUCUUCAUCUACCCGGUCAAAUCCUGCCGGGGAGUGGCUGUGAAGCGAGCCGAGAUGACCACGCUGGGCCUUCGGAGCGGGAAGCUGCGAGACCGGUGUUGGACUGUGAUAAAAGAUGGUCAUAUGGUAUCUGCUAAGAAAAUCCCUCGCAUAGUUCUAAUAACUGUAUCCUGUGAAGAUGACUAUUUAAUCCUGAAUGCCCCAGGAAUGAAGACCCUGCAAAUUCCUAUUGAACUCCCAAGAACAAAUUCAAUCUGGAAUUGCACACGAUAUGGAAUCUAAGCUCAAGGCAGGGACUGUGGAGAUGAAGCAGCUGAAUGGAUCACUACUUUCCUGAACAUAGAGCCUUGUCGGUUGGUUCAUUAUGAAGCAAAUAUGGUGACAAGGAAGCCAAGAGGUUACUUGCCUGCUUUUCUACCAACAGAUGAGGUUGCCUAUGCUGAAGGCAGUCCAAUCUUGCUGAUUUCUGAACCUUCCUUGGAUGAUCUAAAUACAAGGCUAGAAAAGAAAGCUUCAGUAACAAUCUUCCGGCCGAAUAUUCUUGUUAAAGGUUGUAGUCAUUAUGAAGAAGAUACUUGGGUUGAUAUAUUAAUUGGAACUGUGAAGUUGAAAGGAAAAAUGUCUUGUCCAAGGUGCACCUUCACAGCAGUGGAUCCAGAUACUGGGAUCAUGGAUGAAAAGGAAGUCCUGAAAGCCCUGAAAAGUUAUCGCAAGUGUGAUCCUUCUGAACAACAUGACUUUAAGUCUAGUCCUCCCUUUGGAUGGCUAUAUGGAGUUGAGGAAACAGGAAUACUUGAAGUUGGGGAUCCUGUAUACAAGAUAAUUUCAUGAUGGGAGGCACCUGUGCAGUGGAGUGUAAUUUCUCUGCAUAUAGAUUCUGUCCACAUUUUCUUAAGAUCAUUUUUCUUUUCUUCCUAGUUAAUUGGAUAUUUAGUUUGCUAAUUCCAUUGCAGUCAAGAACAUGUGGUCACUAAGAGUUGACAUCAGCUUGAUGGCACAUCAUUGUUAUCAUCAUCAUCAUCGCAGUUGAAACAUACAGAUAUGUCCCUUUAUUGCUUUAAGCAAAAUUUGAAUGAAGGGAAAAUUGCAUAAAUAACAAAUAAGAGUUAGGACCUUUCCAAUCAGUAUUCUUAAUGCAAUAGAUGUGUGGCCAUUCACCACAGGCUACAUGUCUUACCAUGAUUGCAGAAUAUUUAGCUUGUGAUAGUGAGAAUAAAACUCUUUCCAUAUUAUAUAGAUAGAAUACACUGCUAUUUUUAGAAACAUGGAGGAAACUGAUGCAAAACACAAAUUAUUUCUGGGAUAUGCUUGGGUAUACUGUAUUUCAUAAAAAGACUAAAUGAAAGUAUCUGGCAUUUUAACAUGUAGCCAAGACAAAAGAAAAUCCUCUUCAACAUGCUUGGAUCACUUAUUGCUAACUGACUAAUGACUAACCAUUUGUCAAAACAAGGAUACAGAUUUUGAGCUUCCUAGAAUUAUCAACAUCUGUAAAAUUGAAAAGAAAAUCCUUUACAGGAGGAAUUUCCAGUCCUUUUCAGCUGGAGGGCAUAUGUGGAAUUUUAAAAGCAUGCAGUGGGCCCUUUAAAAACAUAACUCCUAUGGGGGCAGGACUUAGUCGUUCACAAAAACUCUUCAGGUGGAUGUGUUCAGUCACCAAACAUCUAUUUUUUAAAAAGGCAAUCUGGUGAAGUAUCUAUUUUUUUCAAGGCAGGUGACUUAAGACGUCUGUUAAAAACUGCAGGGAUUAUUCAAAUAUAUCAUUCAAGGUAUAGUUGUAGUGUACCUCUGACGUAGCUGACUUGCAAAAUACCACUAUCUCAGUGAAAUGUAUUCUAAGCUUUGACCCACCUCAACAUAUUUAGUUUAGUUAAUUGAUUGGGCAAGGUGCAAGGCAUUCAAAGCAUUUGCCUUUGUGCCAAACUGGCAACAUUUUCAGCUUUUUUAUUUCUUAGCAGCUAGCAAUAUUAUGGACACAGCAACAAUUCAGCAUUUUUAGGUGGGAAAAAAAAAUCUCCAUUUUCCUUGUCUGAAGGAUGUCAUGUAUUACACUUCUAAUCUUUCAAAAUAAAAAGUCAUA